CGUCUUUUACAAACAUUCUGAAGCCGUUGCCAACCAUGGAGGACGAUGCAACGACAAAGAAGGACAGCGAGACAGUCGUCUACGAGAAAGAAGCGGCUGAUGAGGAGAAACAAGAAGUUGUGAAAGAGGAGGCGGCUGAAACAGCGGAGAAAACUGCUACUGAUGAUGCUACCAUUAAUCCCACCAAAGACGAACCGUUGGCUGAAGAAGACAAAGAUGGCGCCACGGACAAUGCUCCAGGUGACACUCUCAAAGCAGAAUCCAAGGAAAUGGAGGAGGUUAAAGAAUCUGGAGAAUAUGUGGCUAUUGAUGUUACUGCAAAUGAAGAAGGUUAUGGCAGUGAAGGUAUCAGCAGCGAAGUAGAUCUAGUCAAGGAGGACGAAGAUUUUAAGGACACCCCAGAACCAGCUACUCAUGCCGCGGACACUGAAGCCAUGGACGUGGAACCUCAAGAUUCAAAAGAAGAGACAAGCACAAACGAAAAAACUGCCGAGAACGAUCAGAAAGCAGAGGAUGAAGGUUACAUUGAGGUAGAUCUGUCGGCAGCCACAGAACGGGAGACAGAGGAGCAAGAAGACGAAGCAACAAAACAAACUGAAGAAGAAACCAAUGCAUUGAGAACCCCACGACGAGAUAGGACAAGUAUUUCUGCUCCUAUUGCAGGCACAAGGAAUGAUGACGAUGAUGAUAUCAUGACAGUGCCUUCUUCGGAGGGUCAAGACGACGCCGGAGACGAUGAUGACGACGACUCCAAAUCGUCACCAAUCCCUUCACAUCUCCCUGAUUAUCUAGACAAAUCAACUGUCAAGUCAAUCAGAUCUUAUCUCAAUGAUUUUGAUCCAACAACAGCUCUCGACGAAGAUGACAUUUGCAACCUUAUGAUCAAGACCGAUCGAAACGUCGAAUACCGAGCACGCUACUAUUCCAAUCCUCUUGAUGACUUGAUGGAUGAAGACCAAAUGUACAAGGAAUUUCAUAAAGAGGAGGAAGAAUAUCUUGUGGGUCACGACUUUGUCAAAGCAAUGUCCAAAUCGCUGUACGCUUCCAGGAAUCGUGGACUCGACAAGCGAACUUUGAACUGGGUCAAGCGAGCUGCAGGAUUGAAAAGACCAGACUACCAUUCGCCGCAUUCUGCAUUGGGGAGAGAUGACGAGGAUUCAGAUGACAAUGAUGGAAAGCGCAAAGCACCACGACGGUAUACCAGAGGAAUGGCCAGGACCACGCGAAUCAAAAAGAAGGAAGAGUUCGCCUUUAUGGACAACCUUGGACUCAAGUCGCUGCUGGAUGCCGUGGAAGAGAUGGAACCAACUGCAGGACCUUAUCCGGUGCCUUUUGAAUGCAUCCAGAGCAGAGAAAGAAAAGUCAUGCCGCAAGAUAGGAAGAGAUCCGGCUCCAGGUCCUACAGUAGACGAGACUCUCUCAGCAGACGACGAGACCCUCCAAGUGAUGACGACUCGGCCAAAUUAAAGUCCACCUUCGACCCCGUUACGAUGCGCCCCCUGGUUGCUAGAAUCUCCGAAGAAGACAGCAUGGCAGGGCUUGCUCGUUGUGGUGACGACUAUAUCUUUGGUGAAACUAGGGACCUUUUGGUGACCAAGGUUCUUGUCGAUGGCGAGCAUGUGUCGGAAGACGAAGGAGAAAGGCUCUCUCUCAAGGAACGAAAACGUGAGCUGAAGCGAUUGCGCGACCGUCAAUAUCAAAAGAAAAGGCGGGAACGCCAAUUGGCGGAAAAGGAACGAAGGAAGAGCAGCAUUCUCAACACACCUGUACGCUCAAACAGAAAGAGAGGUCGUGAUGAUGACAGUGGCAGCGACGACGAUGGGGGUCGUCGCAAAAUCCGCCCCGUUCGACCUGGCAAGAGGAAAGGUUUUAGCCGCAAGCUUGCCGGUUCUAGGCCUCUUCGUGGACCCGUGUCACUACCACUUCUGGAUUGGCAACGGCGUCAGAUGUGGUCCACCCGAACGAAACCAAAGCGAGAAGAAGCCGACGCGAACAACACCAUGGACAUCCCAGAUCAGCUCGCGAAAUGGGGCAUCACGCAUCGGCCACCUCCAUGGGAUGCCGUCAACCCUGCUCUUGGUUACGAAGCAGAAUACGAAGAGCCUCUCCGAAGACGUCACGCAGACGAUGUCUACGGCCUGUGGUGCCACAAACUCAUCAACUGCCUCAAUGGGAGUGCCAGAGCCUGGGCAAUUCAUGAAUUCUUCUAUAGCGACUUGGACAGGCCUUGGUACUCGAGCAACACUUUUGCAAAAGAGGUGGCCAAGCUCGGAAUCUCGCCUACGGCCAAGUUGACGAGGCGGGAAUGGAGUCUGGUUCGAAGAAUGAUUCGCAAGCGCCCACUUCGUUUCUCGAGGAAGUUUGUACUCUCGCAACUGAAAGAACGCAAUGAGUUUCGAAACCAGAUCAGGCAUUUGCAACGAAACCCCGAUGCAGACAACAACACUGGAUACGACAUUCCUGCUCCCAUUAGGGUUGGUGCAACCGUCACCGCGUACAACAAACGCUUCCUAGUUCUCCACAGGGGCACUGUGUUGUUUCACGAUGUUCAUACUGCACGCUAUCUUAUCCAAUUCGAACGACCAGAGCUUGGCUGCCAGUUCUGCUCUGAUACUGAGGUGGCCAGCCAUGGAGUUCCUCGAGUGCUCACACCCGCCGUUCCGCGCCAUUUGUGUGGUUCUUACUACAAGGCAAAAGCAGGUAAUUUCGUGGAGACCGGGGCAAUGCCGUAUGGCACCAGUUAUGCAUCUCUUCCCGUGGCGAACGAUGUUACGUGCGACAUUGAGAUGGCCAACUUGAUGACAAUGAGCCACCAACGCGAAUUCGGAGGCAUCGUUAGGAAGCCGGAGGAUGCGCGAACCGCACUUGUAGAGAAAGUCGCGGAGAGGGAAACGUUGGUGUCCCUGCUGUCAAUCAUUGAAGCUGCCACAGGUCGGAAAGAACGACUGCUAAAGUGUAUGGACAAGUUCAACUGUUUGCUCGUCGAAAGGCUCCCGUUUGGUGGCGGGGCUCCUCCCAAUCAUAUCAUAUCUGAAUACUACCACUCGCAUUACGCAUGGCUUGAAGCAAAUCUCCAGUCAACAAACCACAGCCUCGACCGAGCUCAUUCUUAUCUUAAGGUGAUGUAUUCUGGGGCUUACUCUGCAACGUCGGGUGAUGUCAAGGCAGUUAAGGAUGAUGUCAUGAAGCGUUUCGUCGAGAGCUGCCUUGCAGAAGAGAAACGGUUUGGCGGGGGGCCUCCUGCCGAGACAGUUCAUUGGAUUGCAGCCCUCCACCAUGGCUCACAUGAUGUUGGUUCUUACCUUGCAUCACUGGUCGUCCGAGAAGAGCCCCAAAGCGGAUCACAGCGGACUACCAGUAGUACCUCUGGUGAGACUAACCCUCAAUCAGCUGGACAUAUCUUGCGCCGUCAAAUCGCAGCGGCUGGGAGUGUUCUUUCGACCAUUGGCUACUGUUGUGGGAGAUCUGCAGAGAGCGACAUUACCAUGCAAAACGGAGACGUACCCUUCGUCGACGUCGUUCUCGCUUCUGGCUUGUCGAAUCGACAAUCAGAAGUACCGAACUCUGAGCGAAAUGGCGUUGUUAAAGACAUGCUGGACGAGAGGACUGCAGCGGAGCAGGACCUGAAAGAUUCCCUGGCGUUGCUUCGUAAGGAGUUUACAGGCCUUUCCUAUGCAGCUGGCGGACAAAGGUCUUUGCUCGGCUAAGUCCAUGUGCUAGGCGAAGUUGCGUCGCAGUUAAGUUUAUGUUCAACCUUCUGCUGUAGUGCCUGAGUGUGGCAUAUUCAUCUGCAAAAGCCCCGUUAUUCCAUUGCAAUUGACACUCUUCCAAUUAUCGAGCUUGCAAACGCUCUCGACGACAAAUGCAAAUCAAACAGUCCUUUGGAGAAAGCCCAUAGGAAACUAAUAUCUUAAUUAAAAAAGUUAACCAUUU